CAACGCCACGCCCUUGAAGCCUCAUCUUUUCCUAAGGUUCUCGCGACACCGUUCGCUAUCAUUUGAUACGACUUUAUUAGGUUAUCACAACGAUGGCGACGAAGGCGCCCGAGUGGCCCAUUUUAGCCGCUUCCGCGAGAAAAUCGGAGCACCCCCAUGAACGCGUAUUUGACCUCCGACACGGCGCAAACACACUGCUAAGGCAUCUAGAAGUGAGCAAGGGCUCUCGGGUGCCAAAUCCCAUCAUCGAUCAUGUCAAGAACGUACAGGAUUUCCUGAUUGACCUGCUGAAGAGCCCUCCUGGUCGCUUCUGGUCGCAGGGACACGAAGCCCUCCAGGCGGAAAUCAAGGCGCUACGUCAGAGUAUGGAAGAGCGCUUACACUCUCUGGAGAUCGCCUCAAAGGACCCUUCCUUUCCUGAUGACCGCAGCUGGGCUAACAUAGCCGCUCAGGGAGGUGCGCCGCCGGUCGCCUCGACGCGGUCAGGGUCAACGGGUAUUCCCCCUUCAGAGCUGAUGGAGGCUCAGAUCAUCGUCAAACUCGGCGACCCGGACGACGUAGCCAGAUUUCGCAAAAUGAUCCCUGGGGAUAUGCUCGCGAAGGCCGAGAAAGCGCGCAUCCAGGUCUGCCAGGCUGAGGCCCCCCCGGCUGGCCGCUGCAAAAUUCGUCGCGAGGCAGAGGCCGCCCGCCAGCACUCUGCGCGGGCACGCAGGCUCUGGAAGGACGCGGACAUCCGCACUCCGACCUGGGGCAUGGUGGUUCACGGCGUGCGGAUCAAAUCAGUCGACCUCACUCGGCCAGAGGGUAUCAUCAAGGCCCUGCUGACAGACAACGCGCCAUCAGAAGAAGUCUUCAGCAUGGUCGUCGAGUUCACCUCUCCCGUUCCCGCAAAUACGGCGAUCAAGUACAGCGUUCUCUGGAUCUCGGAGAUCCUGACGGCAGUGAAAUAUGAUCGAUCGGCACGCCUACGUCAAUGCUAUAACUGUCAACAAUACGGUCAUAUAGGAAGCGAAGGCAGGGACGCUAGAGGAACCAAAGUGUGUCAGCUGCGGGGGCACACAUUGCGCGUGGAGCAGGAAAUGCCCGGCACACGAGAAGAAAGUGCAGUGAACCGUGGCCAGGGUCGCCUAGAGGGCCCAUGGCCGUUACCACUCUGUUCCUCCCCGUUUCCGAGUAACGUUCUUGUCGACGAGGACGGCAUCCACAAGCGAACCGACAACAACACGGGACAGCGCCUCCGGGGGUAG